GCGUCACGGCCGUGCGUCACAGCCUUUGUUGCGUUUCCUUCUCGGUAACUUCGCUUUUCGGGUUUCUCCUGUCUGCCAGGAGCUGGCUAAACUUUUUUGUACUUUCGGGCUCUCGUGUGUCUCGCGUCUUUUGAAAAAAUAGAGCUCGUUCAAAAAGAAGAAGGAGAGGAAAAGUGCGGAGAACCUGCGUUGUCGAAGCUACUGGAUGAUGAAGUGUUUACGGAUUUUCCUCCCGGCUCUCCUUCUUGUCUCUGCUCUGGCCACAGUUCUGGCCGAGUCCGCACCUAAGGACGUGUGUGAGACAAAGAAUGGGACGAGCUGUGAGGAGUGUCUGAGAAAUGUGACGUGCCUGUGGUGCAUCAAGACAAAGUUAUGUGUAACGUAUCCCGUGCGGACCAUCCUUCCACCCCAUUCCCUCUGCCCCCUGGAUGACGCCCGCUGGGGCCUCUGCUGGAUGAACUUCCAGACGUUGAUCAUCACCCUGUCUGUGGUUGGUGGUGUUCUCAUCAUUGCUCUGUUGGUCUGCCUGUUCUGCUGCUGCAAGUGUGAGAACUUUGGAUCCAAACGAUUUGAAGCCAAGAUGCAGAAACAGGCCCAAAAGACGAAAACCAAGCAGGAGGAAAGGAGAGCAGAGAUGAAUCAGAGACACAAGGAGAUCAGGCAGAAAUAUGGACUGAGUGGGCCAAACCCAUAUGCAAGAUUUUCCUGAGAUCCACAUCCGGAGCUUUUUGAACCUAGGACAAAGCUGAUGAUCUGUAAUUUGUUUUAUUUUAGCAGCGAAAAUGUGCAUGAUCCAAUAUUUGAUGGAAACUCAAACAAUUAAAAAUUAAAAGUAGUUUUCUGUAGGUGGCCUGGUGUGCUUAUAAGCUGAUGAAUGAGUGAAAGCCUUCCACUGAAUAUUAAAUGGACACAUGUGGCUGCAAGCUGUUUAUCCAAAUCAGACAGGUUUUCUCUCUGGUUCCGGUUGUUAUUAUUUAUUAGUAUUUAGCUAUUGGUCCAAAAUGGAAGUCAUUUUAGGUGUUAAAAGAUAAUUUUCUUCUGCCUAAGAAAAUUUGUAACUGCACAGUUUCAAACUUGCUGCUGUUUUUAAAACUAGAGACUUUUUUUUUUUUUUACUAUUUGUGCUUUAUCUUAUCUUUCACAUAUUUCUGAAAGCCACGAUGAUUGUGUUGCUGCUUGUUCCUUUUAGGAAUUUCCCUUUAACAUAUUCAUAAUGUGAGAAAGCUUAAUCGCUGAUGCAUUUUAGAUCAUAAUCGCCUUCAGUCUGCGUCACCCUUGUUUUACUGCUGUUUCUGUAUCAUAUGCUGUUACAAUCCUAAUAAAAUAUUUUACUC